UUUACUUCUCCCUGGUGCAAGGGUGUUUGCCAGCAGUCUGAACUCUCAGAAAUCAGAUUCAAGUGACUGGGGCCCUUGAGAUCAAAGGUUUAUCAUGCUACUCCCUAGGAGGGCCAGGGACUGCUGACGUUACCACUGGACGGUUACUUGUGGCUCUUAUCAUCACCAAAAAGAAUGGACAAGCUUAAUAAAAUAACUGUUCCUGCCAGUCAAAAGUUGAGGCAGCUUCAAAAGAUGGUCCAUGAUAUUAAGAACAAUGAAGGUGGAAUAAUGAACAAAAUAAAAAAGUCUAAUGAUCGUAUCUUCCCCAGCACACCCUGCUAGUAGGCUGAAAGUCAAAGCACCUCCAAGUGUUCCUCGAAGGGAUUAUGCUUCUGAGAGCCCUGCUGGCGAAGAGGAGCAGUGGUCAGAUGACUUUGACAGCGACUAUGAAAACCCCGACGAGCACUCCGACUCCGAGAUGUACGUGCUGCCCGCCGAGGAGCCUGGGGAUGACAGUUAUGAGCCACCGCCCGUCGAGCAGGAGACGAGGACAGUUCACCCAGCCCUGCCCUUCACCAGGGGCGAGUACGUAGACAACCGAUCAAGCCAGAGGCAGUCUCCACCCUUGAACAAGACCCUUCCCAGUAAACCCAGCUGGCCUUCAGCUAAGGCGAGGCUGGCCUCCACUAUGCCCACCUCGAUGUCUCUGCAGAAACCUCAAGUCCCACCCAAACCCAAGGAUCUUGAGGAUGAGGCUGAUUAUGUGGUCCCUGUAGAAGAUGAUGAAAACUACAUUCAUCCCACAGAAAGCAGCUCACUCCCGUCUGAAAAAGCUCCCAUGGUGAAUAGAUCAACCAAGCCAAGUAACUCCUUGAAGCCAGCCCCUCCUCCAGUGACGGCUUCAGGUCGAAGCAGUGGGGCCUGGGACAAUAAGUCGUCUUCGUUACCGGCUGUGCCUUCUCCACUGCCCAGGGCCGGGAAAAAGCCAGCUACAACACUGAAGACGACUCCUCUUGCCUCUCAACAGAAUGCCUCAAGUGUUUGUGAAGAAAAACCUGUACCUGCUGAACGCCACCGAGGGUCUAGUCACAGACAAGAAGCUAUGCAGUCACCAGUGCUUCCUCCUGCCCAGAAACAAGUCCACCAAAAACCCAUACCUCUGCCAAGGUUUCCAGAAGCGGGUAGCCCAACUGUGGAUGGCCCAUUACCCAGCUUUUCCUCUAAUUCCAGCGUGUCAGAACAGGAAGCUGACAUUCACUGUAAGCCAUGGUAUGCUGGUGCCUGUGAUCGAAAGUCUGCUGAAGAGGCAUUAUACAGAUCAAACAAGGAUGGAUCAUUUCUCAUUCGGAAAAGCUCUGGUCACGAUUCCAAACAGCCAUAUACAUUAGUUGUAUUUUUUAAUAAGCGAGUAUACAAUAUCCCUGUGCGAUUUAUUGAAGCAACAAAACAGUAUGCUUUGGGCAGGAAAAAAAAUGGUGAAGAGUAUUUUGGAAGUGUUGCUGAAAUUAUCAAGAAUCAUCAACAUAGUCCCCUGGUUCUUAUCGACAGUCAAAAUAACACAAAGGAUUCCACAAGACUGAAAUAUGCCGUUAAAGUUUCAUAAUUUUUUUAAAAAGGAGGUCAACAUCAUUGCUUCGGAUAUUUGCUCUACUUCUCCUUUUAAGAAAAAGUCCCCAAGCUUCAUAUUUUGGAUGAUGAAUCAUCCCAUAAUGAAAUAGAAGAUGGAGGUAGCUAUUGGAGUGGUCAUCCAUUUCCUUAGAAGAAGCUCACAUGGACUUGUUCUAUUGCCUGACCUAAUGAACUGUUAAUAUCUGGUGAGAUUGAGUUAUCGUGCUAUUAAUAUUCUCCUAAUAAAUGUUUUUAUUUAAAAGAAA